AUGUCAAAAGACGUGAAAUCAAGAGUUAAGAAGUCUACGGGGAAACGGAUGAAAAAAGAUCCUGGUGCACCUAAGCGAGGGUUAUCUGCUUAUAUGUUUUUUGCACAGGAAAAUAGAGAAUCUGUAAAAACAGAGAAUCCUCAUGCAACAUUUGGUCAAAUAGGCAAAAUUCUUGGUGAGCGAUGGAAGACUAUGUCUGUUAAAGAUAGACAGCCAUAUGAAAAUAGAGCAAAGAAGGAUAAACAGCGGUUUGAAAUGGAGAAAUCUCAAUGGCGUAAUGGGCAUAUGACAGAUACUGCACAAGACGAUGAAGAAUAA